AUGGUCGGCGUAGAACUGAUCCCUAAGGCUGGAGUUUCACAGGCGGUCGAGGCUCUAAUCGCUCGGAGGCCAUCGUUCAAGGAGUACCUGAAAUGGUUCGGGGAUCAGAAUCAGAAAACCCCGAAAAUCCCUCCGACGCCCAGCAACCAAGCGGUCGACCAAGGAGCAGAGGCAGCAAACGUCAUGGCGGCGGCUGUAGGGCCGAGCGUCACAAUGGGGGAGACGUCUAUGUGGGGAAUGGUGGAAGAGGCCGGCGGGGUGGACCCCGACAUUCUCGCUAGUAUCGUGAUGCCAGACCCCAAAAUCGAGGUCAUGCGGGAGAAACUACAAGCAGCAGCUCCCACUGUGGGAGAAACUACACCAGCCGCCUCGUCUGCACCUGCGGAGGACCCUAGCACGACUGGCGCCAAAUCCCCCCCGGCCACACUCGGUGUCCGCGUUGACAAGGAGACGGGGCUGGCCGUGUCGGAGUUGAAGUUUGGGAAGAAGAGCCGUAACAUUUGCCGGUCAAUGGACAAGUCUGAGGCCGCCUACUGCAUCGCGGUCGCUGUUUCAUCGUUCGACGGCUACGUGAGCGACGUGAUUCUCGUUGAUUUCAGUGGUGUCAAGGAGGAUGUGAUGGAGCAGUAUAAGUCAGACUGGAAUGUGGUUCGAUUGAUUCCGGGCGGCAUGUGGACGGUCAUAUGGAGCCAAGUGACGGUGGGUCGUGCUGCUGUGUUUCGCAGGUUCCAAGAGGUGGUCGCGGAGUACAACAGGAUAACCGCCGCCGACCGCGCAGUUCUCAUGGUAGCUCUUCGUCCAGCGGUGUGGUUCAGCGACCUUCCGGAGUCGACCAAGGACGAGAAGGCGGCAAAGAAUAAGAUGGCGAGUGACAUGAUCGCACGUGCUUCGAUGUGUGCCGCCUUCGCACCUGUGGCCAAAAACGUCAAGUCGGAGCUGUUAUCCGAGAUCCUCGCCGGGACUGCAUGCGCGGUGUGGUACUUUUUGGAGACCAAUGCCACGGCGGAAGCAGCGGCCGGCAAAGGGGGGGCGGCAGCCACUGUGCUUGGAGCGUCCUCCGAGUUCGCGAGUCGGUGUAAGAUCCUCAUUGAGGUGGUGUUUCAACGGGCGUCGUCUUGGGAGGUCGUCGUAGGAGAGGUCGCCGACACGGUAACGAAGGACCUGCAAGGCGCUGUGCUGAGGUCGUUGCCUGAGGGCCGGGAUGCGCGACCACGACGAGCUGAAGUUUGGGAAGAAGAGCCGUAA